GGCGCGCGCUCGGUAACCUGGCAACGCGGAGCAACCCGGCGUCCCCAGCGAACCCCAGCCCUCCACCGCGAGGAAGCACCGACACCCCGCACCCGCCGCCCAGCCCUUGCCGCCCCUCGGCCGCUCCGCCCGCCGCUGCCCGCAGUACGCCGCGGCGGGGGCGGCCGCCGAGAGCACCUCCCGCCGGCGCCGCCCCCUUAGCUGCCCGAAGCCCGCCUGCGCCGCCACGCGCGGCCGGAGCUCACCUGGGCCGGGUCGCAGGCCGCUCCCUGCGCCGAGCCCCGCGCGCGUGUCCCGCUCGCGCUUCCCGCGGCGGCGGAAGUUUCGGGAGUCGCGUUUAACUCGGGACCUCGGCGGAGAGGACCCCCCCCCCUGGGUUUUUUUCGUUCCAAGAUGGCAGCCUCCAGCCGCGCACAGGUGCUGGAUUUGUACCGGGCGAUGCUGAGGGAGAGCAAGCACUUCUCCGCCUACAACUACAGAAGUUACGCCAUCAGGAGGAUAAGAGAUGCCUUCAGAGAAAAUAAGAAUGUAAAGGAUCCUGUACAAAUCCAAGCCCUAAUGAAUAAAGCCAAAAGAGACCUUGGAAUAAUCCGUCGACAGGUACACAUUGGCCAAAUGUAUUCGACUGACAAGCUCAUCAUUGAGAAUCAAGAGAAGCCCAGGACCUAGGGAGCCGGGACCAGCCACCAGCAGCAGCCGUGGACCACUUUCAGCAUCCAUCCUGCUUGGCAAGGGCACUCCCAGCAGACCACAAGUGGCCUCCCACAUCAGCUUUAAACAGCUUCUCACUCUGCCUGAUGAACUGAGCAAGGUUCCCGUUCUCCUGCAGCCUUAGCGACAAGGGGCGGCUGUCUCUCCUCGGUUCAAGCGUUAGAGUGAAGAGCUGGAGCUCCUCAGGAGAAUGCCGUGUAUUACUGCGUCUCCUCCAGCCCAGCCCUCCUGGUAGCUCCUCAGCACUUGUAUACAGCAUUCCCAGAGUUUGUUUCUUGGUCCUUGACAAUAAAAAGAAGGUCCCUAGGCCUCUGUACCGGA